CAACUUCAGAACUCAUGGCCCUCCUAGGAAGACUCCUACCUCCUUGGGGAGAAGCUGCCUCUACCAUCGAGGCUGCAGACACACAUAGAAGAACCUCUGCUUCACAUGGGAGUUCCCGGAGGAGUCACGCUCCCUGCUUCGAGCUAACUGCCAGGACCCAGCCAGGGCAUCCCCCUUUGGUCCGGAGAGCCAGUUCUCCAUCCUGAAAAACCUGUCUGGAGGGGGGCCUCCCUGAGGCUACAGUGUCCAAGGGGCAAGUUGGACUGGAUUCCCAGCAGCCCCUCCCACCCCAAGACAAAACCAGCCACCCUGGGUCAGGGCCUCAUUGGCCUCGGGAAGCCCCAGCCUGCUCCAGGAUCCAGUCAGUUCCCAGCGCAGUAUGACAUACACGCUGCCUGUCCAGACCUUGCCCUUGUUCCUGAUUCUGCUGGCUGUCCUGGCUCCAGGGGCUGCAGACUUCAACAUCUCAAGCCUCUCUGGUCUGUUGUCUCCGGCGCUAACAGAAAGCCUGCUAGUUGCCUUGCCCCCGUGUCACCUCACCGGAGGUAAUGCCACACUGAUGGUCCGGAGAGCCAACGACAGCAAAGUGGUUAAGUCAGUCUUUAUGGUCCCUCCAUGCCGCGGGCGCAGGGAGCUAGUGAGCGUGGUGGACAGUGGGGCUGGCUUCACCGUCACACGGCUCAGCGCCUAUCAGGUGACAAACCUAACACCAGGAACUAAAUACUACAUUUCCUACCGAGUGCAGAAGGGGACAUCCACCGAGUCCAGUCCGGAGACCCCAAUGUCCACGCUUCCUCGAAGGAACAUGGAGUCUAUCGGCUUAGGAAUGGCCAGGACGGGAGGCAUGGUGGUGAUCACAGUGUUGCUGUCUGUUGCCAUGUUCCUGUUGGUCGUGGGCCUUAUCGUUGCCCUGGCACUGGGUGCCCGAAAAUGAGGAGGGCUCUUCUCCAUCACAGGCUCCUCCAAGAAGUCCAGUCUGCUUUCUCCCAGGAUUCAGUCACUGUUUUGUUU